GUCCAGAGGUCCGAGAUAAAAUUAUCGUCGGGAGUAAACGCAUCAUGUUCCGAGAGCGGGUCAACAUGGAACGUCACAAAGUGUGUUUAUAUCAGCCCUAUUUAUCCGUCGGGCCCAUCCAUCGCCGGUACCUCGCAAAUCGGUCCGCGCCGAACCAUCGGACCCGGUUGAUCCGUCUGGACCUGCAUCAGCCGAGAUUGUUCAAUAUGGAACCGGCAGCAAACAUGACGGAGAUAACUCCCUGCAUGACGAUCUCCAGACGUAUAUCAAGUCAUGGCCAAGCACCACUGCCCAGAGGUUAACCUGCCACCGCAAGCGCUUGUUCUCUCCGUCACACCCAAGCCAGUCAGUAUGGCCGUCAAGCGCGUCGUGGCCGUCCUGGCACUUGCCACCAGCUUCCUCGCCACGUCGGUACUUGGUGAAGAGCAAGCAAAGUGUGGCCAAGCGAGCUACUACCCAUCCGAGUACGCCUGCUACAACAAUAAGACACUCUGCCCGAUUACGUUCAGCUUGCCGACCAAGCCCUGCGGUGGGGGCUGCUACUCGCCAGAGCAGUACUCAUGUGAAGACGAAACGAUCAAGGAACUGCCUGAAGCGACGAGCCCCUUCACCCUUACGUUUUCAGGCGUGCGCAAGACUUUCCAGAACCUGAACGUCAAGGCCUGCGGGAGAUACCUUGCUGUGGGCGCCAACGCUAGAGAGUGUCAUGCUUGCACUGCGGCCGGUGGCACAAACUGCGGGACCUACCAGAACUCGACGGUGCUGCUUCCUGGUGGGCAAAUGGCUUCCGACGUUCCCGGCCACCAGUACUGGUACAUCAACCCAACCGACGGUAUCCUACGAUAUACCGAAGCUCUCGCUGGUAACGCUUCGCUCUGGAACGCUACUAUCCCUGGGAAGGAGUUCGCCGGUCAAAACGUCAAGGUCUACGAAAACGGACUGUUCACAUGGACCCGAGAGGAUGCCACGACACACUGGUGGAUGGCUUGCUUGGUUACGCUGCCUGGUGGUGCUGUUGGAACUGCCAGGUCGUGGCGCAUCUAUGCUCCCACUUACGUCAACAUGGAGAGAGGAGACUGCGAGCUUGGGAGGAUUUUCUCCAAGGCGGUGGAUAGGAAGGCGGGGGUGUACAAGUACCCAUGA